GGCGGUCCCGCACCGCAACAUGCAAGUGGGACGCUGCGGACAACACCCAAGAGAGCCAAAAGACAUCGAUUCGUCUCGGUUCGGGCCACCUUGCGCAAAUACACCAAUAGUGUACUGUACAUCCGCACGCGGACGCGGGGCACUGUCAAUUCCCGACCUCGUUCGAUUAUGAGGCUGGCCGACGUGAACGUCAACGUCUUGUGCGAAAGCGGCCCCCGGUGACAAUCCUGAGACGCAGCGACGCAGCGACGCAGCGACGCAGAGAAGUGUCUCCAUCGGGAGUUGAUGCGCGUUGUUGCCACCGACUGCGAUGGCCGAUUACUCCAUGUACCACGCCCUGGGCCAGGGCGAGCUGCUCGAUCCCAACGACCCGAACCGCACGACCCAGCCCGCCCCGCCGCAGUUCCAACCCCCCGUCGCGACGAACCCCUACGAACAAGUCGCCGGCCCGCAGCAGUACUAUGGCGGACCGUCCCCUCCCCAGGCACCCGGAGGAUACGCGCCUCCCCAGGCGGGCGGCUACUUCCCAGCCCAGCAACAACCCCCGGCCGACGAUGCUGGCUUGGCCGCCCAGAUGGGCGGCAUGACGCUGGGGGCCGACACAUCCCACGGGACCGUCAGAAAGAAGAAGAAGGACCGCCACGCAUAUCACACGGUUGAGGCACCCGGGGGCUCGUCCCAGCCCUUCAAUGGGAUGCCCCCAGCCGGCACCCCCGCCACGGCCUACCUCAACGCCGAUCCUUCGGUGGCCGCCGCCCGCUACGGCGCCCCCCGGAUACCCCCUCAGACCAGCCAAUUCCCGGCCGCCGUCAGCCCGAGCUUCUCCCCAACCCCGGCGUCGCCCGCCGAGUUUGCCGCGAGGAGUGGCUAUGCCGACGCCGCGGCCCCCGCGUCAACCAUGGUCGCCGCCCCGGGGCAGAAUCGCGUGUCGCCGGACGAGAUGCCUAGCGUGCCCCUCUCCCGGGACUCUGUCCAGCAGUACUUCCUCACCAACGUGUACCCCACCUUCGAGCGUCUGGUCCCUCCUCCAGCCACCGUUUCGUUCGUCGCCUUUGACCAGGGCAAUGCCUCGCCCAAGUAUGCGCGCCUCACCCUGAACAACAUCCCUGCCACCGCCGAAGGGCUGCGGAGUACAGGCCUGCCCCUCGGUCUCAUCCUGCAGCCGCUGGCUCCACUCCAGGCUGGCGAGCUCGAGAUCCCCGUUCUGGACUUUGGCGACGCUGGCCCCCCACGCUGCCACAGGUGCCGCGCCUACAUCAAUCCCUUUAUGAUGUUCCGCUCCGGCGGAAACAAGUUUGUCUGCAACCUCUGCGGCUAUGCCAACGACACCCCCCCAGAGUACUUCUGCGCCACCAGCCCGCAGGGCGUCCGCGUCGACCGCGACCAGCGGCCCGAACUGACGCGAGGGACGGUCGAGUUCGUCGUGCCCAAGGAAUACUGGACGCGACAGCCCGUUGGGCUGCGCUAUCUCUUCCUGAUCGACGUAACACAAGAGUCCUUCAACAAGGGCUUCCUCGAAGCUUUCUGCGACGGAAUUUUGCGAGCCCUGUACGGCGCCGAGGACGACGAGGACAAGGAUGAAAACGGCGAGGUCAGGCGGAGGAUACCGGCCGGCGCCAAGGUCGGCUUCGUCACGUUUGAUAAGGAAGUGCACUUCUACAACGUCAGCCCGGCAUUGGAGCAAGCCCAGAUGAUGAUCAUGCCGGACAUCGAGGAUCCUUUCGUCCCGCUCAGCGAAGGACUGUUCGUGGAUCCUUACGAGUCCAAGGCGGUGAUUAGCUCCCUGUUGACUCGGCUGCCGCAAAUGUUCUCCACCAUUAAGAACCCCGAGCCGGCCCUCUUGUCGACCCUGAAUGCCGCAGUAGCCGCCCUGGAGCAAACUGGAGGCAAGAUCUUCUGCUCCCUCUCUGCCCUCCCCACAUGGGGCCCUGGCCGCUUGUUCUUGAGGGACGAUGGCAAGCACCCCGGCGGCGAACCUGACAAAAAGCUGUUCAGCACUGAGCACCCCGCUUGGAGGAAAACGGCCGAGAAGAUGGUUUCCGUCGGCGUGGGCGUUGACUUCUUUAUGGCGGCCCCAUCAGGCGGUUACCUAGACAUCGCAACAGUCGGCUAUGUGUCUGCGACCACUGGUGGCGAGGUGUUCUACUAUCCCAACUUCAUAGCGCCUCGGGACAACACCAAGCUGUCAUUGGAAAUCAAGCAUUCGGUGACUCGCGAGACGGGCUACCAAGCCCUGAUGAAAGUCAGAUGCUCCAACGGCCUGCAGGUGUCAGCCUACCACGGCAACUUCGUGCAGCACACCUUCGGCGCCGACCUCGAGAUCGGCGUCAUCGACGCCGACAAGGCGAUCGGCGUGACCUUCGGCUACGACGGGAAGCUCGACUCGAAGCUCGACGCGCACUUCCAGGCGGCCCUGCUCUACACAUCCGCCUCAGGCCAGCGGAGAGUCAGGUGCAUCAACGUCAUCGCCGGGGUCAGCGAGAAUGCUCGCGACAGCAUCAAGUUCAUCGAUCAGGAUGCCGUCUACACGACGCUCGCCAAGGAGGCCUCCACCAAGCUGGCCACCACGUCCAGCACGCUCAAAGACGUCCGCCUCAGCCUGACCGAAAAGACGAUCGACGUGCUGGCCAACUACCGCAAGAACUUCCUCUCACAGGCGCACCCGCCCAGCCAGCUCGUCAUGCCCGAGCGGCUUAAGGAGUUCUCCAUGUACAUGCUCGGCCUGCUCAAGUGCCGCGCCUUCAAGGGCGGCAGCGAGACCACGGACCGGCGGGUGCACGAGAUGCGUCUCAUCCGCUCCAUGGGCCCGCUCGAGCUGAGCCUGUACCUCUACCCGCGCAUGAUCCCAAUCCACAACCUGCAGCCCGAGGAAGGCUUCCCGGACCCGCAGACGGGCCACCUGCGCAUGCCGCCCAGCAUCCGCACCUCCUUCUCCCGCGUCGAGCCCGGCGGCGUCUACAUCGUCGACAACGGCCAGCAGACCCUGCUGUGGUUCCACGCGCAGACCUCGCCCAACCUGAUCGCCGACCUCUUCGGCGAGGACAAGACGUCGCUGCAGAGCCUCGACGCCUACACGUCGACCCUGCCCGUGCUGCAGACGCACCUGAACGCGCAGGUCCGCAACAUCCUCGAGUUCCUCCGCACCAUGCGCGGGUCCAAGGGCCUGACGAUCCAGCUGGCCCGGCAGGGGAUCGACGGCGCCGAGUACGAGUUCGCGCGCAUGCUGGUCGAGGACCGGAAUAACGAGGCGCAGAGCUAUGUCGACUGGCUGGUGCAUCUCCAUAAGGGCGUGCAGUUGGAGCUUGCGGGUCAGCGGAAACGGGAGGACACGACCGAGUCCUCGGCCCUGUCGGGCUUUAGUGGGCUAAGGCCAUCAUAUUGGUAGACGCUGCGGGGCGUGAGUCGCGUUGGGAGGAGAAUGAUGGAUAGGUAAAUUGGGCGGCGGCUAGGGAGUCGAUCGAGUACAUACGCCUGAUACAGUCGGGAUCGAGAGCCCAGCCUCGAACGAGAUGGUAGAUACCAAAAAUGCGAUGCAGUAUGAUAUGAUACGACAAUCAACAUUUGGACGGCGUGGGUUUGUUACUGCCAUGCUAGGCCUGCCGGACGGGACGCCCUCUGACGCGGUGUCUUCCUCGAAUUCUAGCAAUCCACUCUGACUCCCUUCCCCUGUCAUGGGCCUUCCUUUCCUUCUCUUCUUCC